AUGUCUACUAUGUGUCUUUCAGAAGCUAGAGCGUACCCCAGAAGCGACGCGCAUUGUCCUCGCCCGAGCAAUGUGGCAAAUAUGCGAGGGCUACCGGCUAGAGGACGGAGCUGGCCAAAGAAGUUAGUCCGCCAUCGCCAGCAACAUCCAGUGCGCUUGGCAACACUUAACGUUGGGACGCUUACUGGAAGAAGUCGUGAACUGGCAGACAGUCUCAGAAAACGCCGUGUUGACAUAUGUUGUGUACAGGAGACUCGCUGGAAAGGCUCCAAGUCAAGGGAAUUAGGCGAUGGCUGCAAGCUCAUCUACCACGGCACAUCAAAUCGCAAUGGCGUUGGUAUCAUAUUGAACGAGUCGUUUAGAAAUAGCGUCACAGCGGUGGAUCGACUAUCGGGGCGCUUGAUGGCUGUAAAAGUAGAUACAGGAGAAGUGGAAUUGCGAGUCGUAUCUGCUUAUGCGCCUGAUGGGCUGUAG